GACAGCUACCACCGUCCGUCCUCCUCACUUAUUACUCUCCCUCUCUCCCCCAUUCGAUCAAUCAAUCAAUCCCCUUCCCCACUCACAAUCCCUAGUACAUACAGUACAGUAAAUCGGAGCUGCCGGAGGCGCCAGACGACCGCCGGACGAAUCGGAGCGCGGGGCGAGCCUCUCCGACCUCCUUCUCUCCGGGUCCAGCCAGCGCAAGGGCCUCCACGCGCGGCCGGUCCUCACCUUAACCCCCUGAGCUGAGCUGAGCUGGUCGACGAGCCUGCCCUGCCGCCGCGCGAAUCACAAGGAGGCGCCGCCGGCCGCGGUGCGACCCCCGUAUCCAGGCUUCAGCGCCAAGGAUCUCACACAAGUAGAGUAUAUGCACCUGCUCGUCCACCCCUUCGUCUUGAUUAUCUUUCUGGUUUGCCCGGCACAACUCUGCAGUUUGCUCGCUUUGGGACAACACUCACCAGAUCUGAUUCCUCUCCAGGUUCAGCCAUACCAAGGAUCGAUCUCACUGUGGGGGUGUGCUACUGCUACGGUACCUGCAUUUGCUUCCAUUUCUGCUCACAAGCAUAUGCACCUGCAUCUCUACUCCGUGGUUAUUUAUUUUAGUCCGUGGUGGAUCUCUUGCAUGCUCUGGUUCAGGUUCAUCUUAGUUGGAACAUUUGCCCAUUUGCUAAUUCUAGUUCGUAACUUGGUAAAUUAUCUUUCUUGUUCGCCUGGCAGAUCUCUCAAGUUUGGAACGUUUACUCUUGCAUUUCACCAAAGUUUGGUCGCUCACGAGGCUGCUGUCACCGCCACAGUCUUCAUCUUGGUUGCCAGUCAACAGCACCGUUUCCUCUCUUGUUAUUUAUCUCUCAAGAUUUAGCUCAAGUGCAGCCAUUAACUCUGAGCAUUGGUUUCCAGUACAGCCUCCAUCAGUCACAACCUCCUUUUCAAAAAAAAAAGCCUCCAUCAGUCACAACCAAUUGAGACAACCAACAUCCAGUAAAAUGGCUUAACUGCAGCUCCGAUUCCCCCCCAUUCUCCACUCUGAACGGUAGCGCCAACUUCUGCACCACCACCAACAAUUAUGAAGUAGAAGGCGUCCAGCUUGGUUGCAACCCUUCGUCCUGUCUGAACUACUGCCCUGAAUAAUUCCCCACUCUGAACUGUAGCUCUGGUUCCCCGUGCUCCCUGUGCAGUUGUGGUUCUGCUUGUGCUGUGAGUGCUGUCCAUUAGGAAGCUUAGUACAAGUCCCCUGGAUUUUCCUGAUCUCAAGUUUGGUGGCUUGGGACAACUCUGGUGUUGAGGUUGUGUUCGCUGUCUUGGUGGUGCUGUCUGGUUCUGCACUGUGCUGCAGUUGUUGUUGUACAAGGUGAUGCAGGCGUGUGACGGCAUCCCUUCGUCCUGAUCUCCCAAGUUUGGUCGCUCGGGAGAACAGAGAACACUAGUGUUUUUGAGGCUGCUGUCACCGCCGCGGUCUUAAUCUUGUCGUUGCUGCGUCGAGGACACCAGUACAGCCUCCAUCGCUCACAACAAAUUGAUCCACACAAACAUCUAAAAAAUGGUUGAACUGCAGCUCCGAUUCCCCGCCAUUCUCCACUCUGAACUGCAGCUAUGAUUCCCCGUGUUCCUCCAGGUUCAGUGCAAAGGAUCUCAGCGUGGGCUGCGCUAAGUUGUGGUUCUUGAGUGUGCUGCUGCGAGCUCCGAGCAUUGCGAUGGCAGAGCUGGUGGCCACCAUGGUGGUCGGGCCGCUGCUGUCCAUCGUGAAGCAGAAGGCGUCCAGCUACCUGCUGGACAAGUACAAGGUGAUGGAUGGCAUGGAGGAGCAGCAUAGGGUGCUCAAGCGCAAGCUGCGAGCCAUCCUUGACAUCAUUGCCGACGCCGAGCAGGCGGCGUCCCACAGGGAUGGGGCCAUGGCCUGGCUGGAGGAAGUCAAGAGGGUGGCCUACGAAGCGAACGAGGUGUUCGACGAGUUCAAUUAUGAGGCGCUCCGCCGUGAGGCCAAGAAGAACGGGCACUACGUCAAGCUUGGCUUCGAUGCAGUGAAGCUCUUUCCCACACACAACCGUUUUGCAUUCCGCAACAAAAUGGGGAAGAAGCUCUGCAGGGUUCUGCAGUCCCUUGAAGUCCUUGUGGCUGAGAUGAAUGCAUUUGGGUUUAAAUAUCAGCAGCAAGCACCGGCAUCCAAGCAGUGGAGGAAGACGGAUCAUGUUAUCUUUGAUCCAAAGGAAAUCAUCAGCAGAUCGAGAAGCCAAGAUACUAAGAAUAUUGUUGCCACACUACUUGGUCAUGCUAGCAAUGAAAAUCUCAUGGUUCUUCCCAUCGUUGGAGUAGGGGGGCUAGGCAAGACCACCUUAGCGCAACUCAUUUACAACGAACCUGAAGUUCAGAAGCAUUUUGAGUUGUUGAUUUGGGUUUGUGUCUCUGACAACUUCGAUGUGGAUUCCCUGGCUAACAGUAUUGUUGAAGCAGCAACUCCAAACAGAAAUACAGCCGAAGCAACUUCCAAGAAAAGACCACUGGAUAGGCUUCAAGAUGGACUAAGCGGGCAUAGGUAUCUCCUUGUAUUGGAUGACGUCUGGAACCGAGAGAGCGAUAAGUGGGAAAUGCUCAAGGCCCGUCUUACACAUAGUGCCAAGGGUAGUGUAGUUCUGAUAACUACUCGUGAUGGAGGAGUUGCAAAAAUAAUGGGUUCAGUGAAACCCUAUGAUCUCGCAGGGCUGGAGGAUGACUUCAUCAAGGAAAUUAUCGAGACAAGAGCAUUCAAUAUGCAGAAGGAAGAAGAAAGGCCAGCUGUGCUAGUGAAAAUGGUUGGUGAGAUCGUGAAGAGAUGUCGUGGCUCUCCUUUGGCCGCAACAGCACUGGGUUCUGUACUGUAUACAAAGACCAGCGAAGAAGAAUGGAAAGCUAUAUCAAGCAGAAGCAAUGUUUGCACCGAGGAGUCUGGAAUUUUACCAAUACUCAAGCUCAGCUACAAUGACUUGUCAGCACAGAUGAAGCAGUGCUUUGCUUUCUGUGCUGUGUUUCCCAAGGAUUAUGAGAUUGAUGUGGACAAGCUGAUCCAACUAUGGAUCGCACAUGGCUUUAUCCAGGACCAGAGAGAAGUUAGUCUCGAAACCAUUGCCAAAUGGAUUUUCAGUGAGCUGACCUCAAGGUCAUUCUUUGUGGAUGUGAAGCAAGUUGAAGUUGAAUGCUACGAAAUUGGGUUCAUCAGAUGUGUUGAUCGUUAUUACAAACAAACAUGUAAAAUCCAUGAUCUUAUGCAUGAUGUUGCACUUUCUACAAUGGAAAAAGAAUGUGCUCUUGCACCUGACAAACCACUUGCCUCUCAGGCUGAGUGGCUUCCAGAUACAGCUCGCCACUUACUUUUGUCUUGUGAACAACCAGAAACUAUAUUGAAUGAAUCUCUGGUGAAAAGAUCUCCGGCAAUCCAGACACUUAUGUGUGAUAUGUACAUGGAAGGUCCAUUGCGGCAUUUAUCAAAAUACAGCUCUUUGAAGGCAUUACGGCUCUUUAUACGAAGCAGCUCAUUCCCUUUGAAAUCAAAGCAUCUGCAUCACCUAAGGUACCUUGAUCUCUCUAGAAGUGAUAUCGAAGCACUUCCUGAAGAUAUAAGCAUUCUACACAACCUGCAAACAUUGAAUAUCUCUAGCUGCCAACAACUUCAUCGGCUUCCAAGUCAAAUGAGUUAUAUGACAUCCCUUCGUCACCUCUACAAUCAUGGUUGUCCGAAGAUAAGGAGCAUGCCUAGUGACCUCCGAAAACUCAUGUCACUGCAGACACUUACAUGUUUUGCAGCAAGUCGUACUGGCUCUGGGUGCAGUGAUGUUGGAGAGUUGCAGCAUUUAAACCUUGGUGGACAGCUAGAGCUAAGGCGGCUAGAGAAUGUCACAGAAGAAGAUGCAAAAGCGGCAAACCUCGAAAAGAAGAAGGAACUCCGAGAACUGACAUUAGGAUGGACUGUUGGUAGUAUGGACGAUGCACGAGUGCUCGAGGUUCUAAAACCACAUCAUGAGUUGCAGGCUGUAAGGAUAAAUUUGUACGGAGGCACCGCCUUUCCAACAUGGAUGGGUAUGUUGCAAAACAUGGUUGAGAUCCAUCUUUACUAUUGUAAAAGAGUGCGAUGGUUAUUCAGUUGUGGUACGUCCUUCUCUUUUCCAAAUCUGAUGGUGUUUACACUAAAAGGUCUGGAAUGUUUGAAGGGGUUGUGGGAAAUCACAAACAAGGAACAGGGUGAAGAGAUAAUAUUUCAGCAGCUUGAGAAGUUAUGUACUGUUGAAUGUGGAAAAUUGACAGCGUUACCAGAAGCAACAUUGCUUAGACAAUCUUAUGGUACAAUGGCACCGUCAGCAUUUCCAGCAUUAAAGGUUCUCGAAUUGAUAAACUUGAGAAACUUUGAGAGAUGGAAUUCGGUCGUAGGAUCUCAAGGAGAAGAUAUCAUUUUUCCUCAUCUUGAGAAGAUAUAUGUUAUAGGCUGUGAGAAGAUGACAACAUUACCAGGACAGCAAAAGGUUGAAUCACCAAAGCUCCGUGUAUUGGACAUGGAGGGAAGUGAGGAAGAGAUGUUCCUGUGGGUAGCUAGACAUAUGACUUCAUUGACCAGUCUGAAACUCAAGAACCUUGAAGAUACAGAAACAACCUCAGCAGCGGGGGCUGAUCAUAGUUUGACACAAGUGGUGGACACCAUGGAAAAAUGGAACCGUCAUGAUUUCCCUUUGGCAGAUAUGAAGUUAACUGGCCUUAAGUCGGGUGUAACAGAGCUAUGUGCAUGUUUUGUACAGCUUCAAGAUUUGUGCAUUCAUGAUUGUGCUGCACUUGUCCACUGGCCAGAGAAAGAGUUCCAAAGCUUGGUAUUCUUGAGGGUUCUAAGGAUAAGGGGCUGCAAACAACUGGUUGGAUACACACAAGCUCCUGCAGCUGUGUCAUCAACAUCAUUAGAAUCCUCGAGCCAUCUCCUGCCACGUCUCGAGUUCCUUGAUAUAGAUGGUUGUGAAAGCAUGGUAGAGUUGUUCAAACUCCCUGCAUCCCUGAGGGGAAUGGAAAUUGUUAAUUGCACUAAGCUCAAGUCCACAUGCAGCAGGAUGCUGCAGGAAAGACAGUCACCAUCAUCGAAUCUUCAAGGGGGGUCACAUGUAUAUUCAGAGGUGUCACCAUCAUCAGCUGUAUCCAGGGCGGAGCAUUUUCCCUUUCCAUGUUUAGAAUAUAUAUACAUAAAAAAGUGUGAUAGCUUAACAGGGCUCCUCAGUCUGCCUCCGUCCCUUGAAACAAUAAUGGUUUCUAGGUGUGAUCAGUUAAGAUCAGUGGAAUCUCACUCGGGAGAGUUCCCAUCGUUGGAACGCCUUGACAUCGUUGGAUGCAAAACCCUGUCAUCCCUACCGGAUGGGCCACAAGCAUACUCAUCUCUCCAGAGGCUUGAGAUUAGAAACUGUCCUGGUAUAAAGAGGCUCCCUACAUGCCUGCAAGAACGUCUAAGCAGCCUUGAGGAGAAAGAUCUAGAUGGCCAUUAUCAAGAGCCCAGUCUUAUGAAGCCCAAGACAUGGAGAAAUGCCUUCCGCAAGGAUUAGGGAGCUGUCAAUAUGCAACACCGUCACCAUGGGAUCCUCCAACAAACAGCAGCAGCAGAUUUGAUUCGAUUAUAAGGAAGGGGUCGAUGAUCACUAAAUUCUGAGCUUCCUUCGUCUGGUGUUGAUUGUGGGCGGCUCCUUUGCGGAACUGUUUCCGCACAUACAAGCUGCCAAGUGCCAAGCUAUACCAUGGCUGUGAUCUCUGCCUGUGGUUUGGAACACUUUUGUGUCACCCAGAUACAUGUCCUGUGGUGUUGAUUGCGCGUGGCUCAUUAUCAGAACUGGUUCCGCAGAUACAGUCUAGACGGAACUGGUGCAUAUAUAUGCCAAGAAUUCAGUCACACUCCACCAGGUUCAUAUGUAAAGUAGUAGCAAGUAUUGUCUCUUGUGAGUUGGAACACUUGAGUGUUUAUCACAUUUUAAGCAGCAAAUUCAGACAUCCUUCCAGAUAUGCUCUACUACUUGAGCUGGAUGAAUUGCUCUAGCUAGCAAUACGUAGUUAAACUAAGAGAGUCUUGAUUUCGUGUUU